AGUUUUAGUUUAGAAGGUGCAAACGACAUCCGUGAUAUAACUUGUUAUAUUAUUAUAAACAGUUUUAUCAAAUUUAAAAAAAUGUCGGAAAAUACCGAAGAGAUGGCUAAUAUUGUAAAACAAAGAAUUGAACGAAAUCGUCAAAAAGCUAUAAUACUCAAAAGAAGUAAAUUGGUCUCUCAUCCUUAUAACAAAGGCGAAUUUGAAGAAACCACAACAACUUUAAAAAUUGGUACCACAAAAUAUAAGGAUACAGGUGGUGGUUUCUUAUUAGAGGAGAAAGAUGAGCCAGACGAAUUAGAAUUACUAUUGAGUCAGGCGGAGGCACCUAUACUUGAACUUGAUCGUCCCACCUGCGAGGUGUGUAAUAAAACUUUCGGCACAUCUUGGUUAUUCGAAAAAUUUAAUUUCAAAUGUUGUGAUGGAUGUAGAAACUCCGAGACACACAAAUUAAUCACAAAAACUGAAGCUAAGGAAACCUAUUUGCUUAAAGAUUGUGAUUUAGACAAAAGGGAACCAAUAUUAAAAUUCGUUCAACAAAAGAAUCCUCAUAAUCCUCGAUGGGGUGAUAUGAAAUUGUAUUUAUUAUUGCAAAUAGAAAAGAGGGCAUUAGAAGUCUGGGGUACAGAAGAGCAGCUUGAAAGAGAACGAGAAUUGAGAGAAGAAAAAAAAGUUUUAGCCAAAUCCAAGAAGUAUGAGAAGCGGUUGAAGGAACUAAGAAAAGGUAUGAGAAGCAGUUUGUACAAUAGAACUACAGCAGCUUCACACACUCAUGAAUAUGAUAAAGAAACUUAUAAUGAAGAUGAUGAUACUUAUCAUAGAAAAUGUCUCACUUGUCCAUACGAGGAAACUUUUGAAAAAAUGUAGAUUGCAGGUACAUGUAAAAUUAUAUACAUCAUUCAACAAUAGUUUCUUCCCAUUAUUUUAUUCAUAAUUCUCUUUUUUAUCUGUUUGAAAUUUUUAUUUGCAUGUUUUUAAAGAUGAAGUUUUUAUUAAUCUCAAUAUUUACAAUUUACUAUAUGAAAAGUGUGAAAAAAUUUGCUUAAAAUUUAAAACAAUAUAUUUCAUAUGAAAUUUUUUUUUAUUUAAUCCUAAACUAUUUAACCAGGCAGUGUUUGGCUGAUUGAUUGGUCAUGCCAUAUAGAUAUAUCUAAGACGCCAUCUCCACACCAUGGGCAUCACAGAUGAUCAAGGCAAACCUCACAACUUGCCUAAUGGCAUAAAAGUGUUCAAGCUAAAGCGCCUGAUCGACCUCUCAAAGGACAUCGGCCUUUGGUAACGUCAAGUGAGGCACGACGGGCCUAUCUAUAGGCGUAUAUGAUCAACUGCCCUUUGUCCGCCCACAAUUAACUAUGAACUAUGCCAUAUAGGUACUUUUUCCUCCAAGCUUUUUUAUCUUUCGUUGGCUCUUUUAUUUCAUCCCUUUUUUUAUUCCCUUUAUCUCAGCUACUUGUUUCUUAAUUUUAAUCCAUGUUUUAUUUUGUCUUUCAAGUUUUGCUUGCUAUUCUGGAUUCGAAAGUUAUUUUUGGUAUUCUGUAUCUUAUUUUUGACUGGUUUUAUCUUUAGUAUUUCUCUAUAUGGUCCAUGGCCUUUGGAAUCGUAUUUCCAUUGCUUAUAUAAAGUCCACUGGAUUUGGAUUCCAUGUCCAUGUCUGUAAAGCAUGGUAGGCAUCACGACUUUUUUCACAAUUUCUAUUUUUGUCUUUUUUGAUACUUCCUUUUUCCAAAUGAUGCUCUCAUUGUAUUAAAUAAUGAAAAUAAUCACAUAAAAUGUCUUUUUAUUUGUUAUUUUACUAGAAAAAUGGAAGAUAUGAUUUAUUUUAUUUGAAUGUGGGUAAUUUUAGUUAGAUUGUAAUUUAAUCUCUCCUGUAUGAUAAGACCCGCUUUUAUUUUUUAUUCAUUCAUUUUAAAAUGAAAAAGUCAUGAAUUCCAUAAUUUAUUGUGAUAUGUUUAACAAAUAAGAUGCAUGUACCAACAGGUGAUUAUUUUCAUUGAAAGUUGAACAUAUCAAUUGUUCAUUUAAAUGGUUUCUCUUCAGGCUAUCAUUACAGAAUCUCAAAAAAUGUGAGUAAAAAUUAUUUAUUCUCAUAUGUUUUCUAAUCUACAAAUCGGACCUUCUAAAACAUUUUUUUAUAUUAUUGAUGUGUGUUUUCAUCUAUCUAAGUUAUAUUAAUACAAUAUAGAUAUAUAACAGACACUAGAGGGUAAUAUUUACAAGAUAAAAAUAUUAUUUCAUAUACGUUGAUACUAAAAUAUGCUUUAUGUAGAUAAAAUACCCUUCUCGCCUUAUAACUGAUAAGGCGAGGGCUGGAAGAAAGAUAAACACUCUUAUCGGUUAUUUCUGAAAAGGGAUGUUUGUGUUAGAAGGUAGUUAAAACUGAAGAUACAUUCUAACAAUUGAAUUCUUGUAAACAAGGUUGAUUUCUACAUUAGUCGUGAAUUCCAAGAAAUCCGUCAUUUUAUUUAAAAGUUGAUAACAGUUUUAUAGUAGUCACGUUUCAAUUGAAACUAUCACUUUCUAGUAAUUCACUUAUUUUUUACAAUUUUAUACUAUGUCCAAAUAUUCACUUAUAAAAUGUAUUAAAACUAUUUGUUAAAA